AUGUUAAAUGAAAUUUUGCAACUUUUUUCCAAAGUUGUUAUUACAUUUCUUCUAACAAAUAUUCAAGAUGUUGUCAUUUUAAUGAAUUUCUUUUUGGAAACAUCGAAAAAAGAGAGUUUAUUACGAAGUGAACAUGUAAUUCUUGGACAAUAUCUCGGUUUUAGUACCUUGUUAAUCUUAAGUUUACUUGGAUAUACAAUUUCGUAUAUUUUACCUGUAAAAUUAUUUGGUUUUCUCGGAUUUGUUAUUAUUGCUUUUGGUUUAAAUGGUCUUAAAACAUUAAUAGAACAAAGACGAAGUGGAAAUGAAUUGAAAUCGAUUGAAAAUGUCAUUUUGAAUGAAAAUGAAAGUUUUUGUGAAGAUUUAAAACGAAUUGUAAAAGUAAGUUUAGUAACAAUUGCGAAUGGAAAUGAUAAUAUUUCAAUUUAUGUUCCAAUAUUUGUUCAAUCAACUGAUUGGCAAAUCGUUGCGUAUGGAUUAGGAUUUUUAUUUAUGGUUGGAAUUUUAUGUUUAUUUUCUUAUUGUUUUAUUCAUUUUCCACCGAUAUUUCAAUUCGCUCGAAAAUACGCUCAAUUCAUUAGUCCGUUUGUGUUCAUCGCUCUCGGAAUUUACAUUUUAAUUAGUUCACAAUGUUUUCCUUGGUUAUUGAAACUUAUUCGAACAGGACAAUGGAUCGAAUCUUAA